AGCUAUGCUACAUGUUUCAGUUUUGUUUUCCUUUUAAUGCAGAGAUACAUUCAGCAGCAUAAUGAGGUUGAGCUUUCUGCCUUGGGCAUGGCAAUCACUACCGUUGUUACUAUUGCUGAGAUCUUAAAGAACAAUGGACUGGCUAUUGAGAAGAAAGUUUCGACAUCCACGGUCAACAUGAAAGACGAGAACAAAGGGCGUGUCGUCCUAAAAGCCAAGAUCGAAAUUGUGUUGGGGAAGUCUGACAAGUUCGACUUGUUCAUGAAUGCUUCCAAUGUGGCACCGGAGACCGAUACCAAAAGCAAGGAAUGACAAUUUAGUGAAGCAAAAUGUUUGACGUUCAUUGUUGUAGUU